UAAUUUAGUAUGCGAAAGACGAAUAAAGUUUAUUAAUGAGACUUUUAAAGGCAGCAAUUCAAAUUCCUCAUCUCGACCAAUAUCUAUUACUGCUCAGGAAGCAGCAGCAGCCAUGGAUGAAAAAAAUAUGACGAAAAAAGGGCUUUUAGCAAUUAUUAAUUCAUUGCUAAAUUCUAUUAAUGCUUCAGAUCGUCCAAACUAUCGUGGAUUAUCGCAAAAAACUAAUGCUGAGCUGCUAGAAAUUUUACAAA